AUGUCAGCGCCAUAUCCACCGUGGCUCAAUACCUCUUUAUCCGCAGCAGAACGAUCUCCUCCUCUCCCACGUCGGAUGAGAUUCAUCGACAGCAGCGAGGAUGAGACGGAAGGUGAGGGUCGAAAUGCUCGGAAUGGCAUGGAGAAACAGUAUCCGUCUUCUAAAUUUGCUUCGAGACGUCGUGCAAGACUUGCCCCGUCGCUGGCACCGAUUCGCGAACCCUUCCGCGAGUCGUUUGGGGAGUACACACCUCCUAAUAGGGCCGCAUCCAUGGACUGUGUCGUUCAGGCAGGGGCUGCUACGGAAGUCCGACAGCCAUCAACGAAAAGGCUCUCGUCGACAGCGAUUAUGACAUCAGAGAAUGAAUUCAAAGUGAUGGCCGCCGGAAAGCUGAUUGAGGCAAUGGAGAACAUGAAAAAAGCCGAGUCGAUGCCAUUCAGGGGUUCCACUGAAUCACUGCCAGCCUCUGGCUCUCGGCGGACCUCUUACGGAAAGUCUCCGUUCGAUCUGCUCGGGCAUAUCCUAGGAAGGAGAGGCUCAGAGAAGUCUCUU